AAAAGUUUUAACUGUCAGUUUCUAGUUUAAAAUUCGGUAACUUCUUUUAAAUAUUAAAAAAAAAUUCUUUUUCUUUACGGGCCAAAUGUGCAACAAAGUCCGCCGACCACCACCGGGUUGCCCCAUUUGCUGUCCCCCCGCCUGCUGCGAGCCGCGGACAUGCUACUGCAUCUUCGAUCUGGAGAGUGCCGUGUUUGAUACGCGCAACGUCUAUCGACGUGCAGUCCUUGAGCUGGCGGCCAGCUACAAUUGUGUGGUGCCAGAACUGGUGCUGCUCAAGGUGGGAGUCAUGGCGACGAGUGAGAUGGCGGAGCUGAUUGUCAGGAAGUGCAAUAUACCCGUGAGCUGGGAGCAAUUCCUGCUGGAGAUCAACGAGCGAGCCUCGGCGCUCAUCAGCAAUCCGCCGCUGAUGGACGGCGCGGAGCGACUCGUCCGCCACCUUCACAAAUGCUGCAUACGAAUGGCGCUGAUCAGCUCCAGCUGCGAGGAUCUCUACUGCAAGAAGAUCCGCGGCUACGAAAAGUUCUUUGAGCUCUUCGAAACGCUGAUCUGCGCCGACGAUCCGCAAUUGAAGCAGCCCAAGCCGGAGCCGGAUGUCUAUCUGAUUGCCAUGUGCCGCCUGGGCGAGGCCGACACCGAUAACACUCUGGUCUUUGACGGCACAAUCAAAGGCGUGCAGGCGGCAUCGGAUGCCCGACUGAAGGUCGUCAUGGUGCCCGAGAAGGAGCUGCCCUACUGCUGGUCCGAGCGGGCAGCCUUGCGCCUGGAGACGCUCGAGCAGUUCAAGCCCGAAUGGUUUGGCAUCGCUCCGCUCAGCAAAGAAGCUUUCAGGCCCAAGCCCAAGCCAAAGCCCAUGGCUGUUAGACCUGAGAUGGCCAAACAAGAGUCCAGAGAGGAGAAGCCGGGCGACGAUGCAGAAGACACCGACAAGAAGGAGGAGAAGGUCAAUGAGGACGAUGCUGCGAAUGAGGAGCCUGUCCCGGUAGACGAUGCCGAUGAAGCAGGCCUGAAGAACUGAGAAUCAACACUAAAAUUGUGAGCAACUCAAGAGGAAUCCCUUGAUGCCAUUUUCUGGUUAAGACUCCUUUUGGCAACUCCCUGAUUAGAAUACAUUUAAAAUGAAUUUGCUAUACAGCCGUAUAGCUAUUAUAGUUCAUAAAUGAAUAGAUUAUUUUAGCCACAGUGCAAAUGCAACACACACCCAUCAAAUCAUCUUUCCAUCGUUCCUAUGCGCUUCAUACUCAACAGAUUUGCGGUUAAAUCUUCACCCCAAAGCAAUAGUAAAUCCUGGCAAUCUGACUAAAAGCUUUUUGCCGUGAUUCACACUUGCAUAGAACAGAGCAUAGAACAGAGCAUAGAAUAGAAAUAAAUGUUGGAAGGAAAUCAUAAACUUGUUCAUAUGAUAGAGACGAGUUACGAGUACCAUUACCAGUCACACUUUAGCGGCUAGUCAAUUAAAAUUUGUUUGCUUAACACGAAAUUGAUCCCACC